GCGUUCCUGGCCGCUGCGCGCCGCCACAGCAGCCAGCAGCCAGCAGCCAGCAGCCAGACACCACCGGCCGGAGCCGCACACACCCCUCCGUGGACGGAGGCUGGCGCGCCGACGCCGGCAGCGGCCCCGUUGGUGCCACCUCCCGGACACAGAGGCUGGGCCGGCGCGCGCAUGCGCAGCGAGCCGCCGCAGAAGCAGCCCUGCCCGGCGCCACCCGCCGCCGCCAUGGCCGUGGUCAGGCUCUCCCUGGUCAGGGUCACCCUCGAGGUCACCGUCAUACUGCUAGAGGGCCUGGCCGUGUUGUUCAUCUUCCUGUUCGGGAAGCCGUUCCGGCGCGGCUUCUUCUGCGACGACGAGUCCAUCCGGCACCCCGUCAAGGCGGACACCGUGCCCUCGCUCGCCCUCGCACUCGUCGCUCUGGGCCUGCCGCUGCUCGUGGUGGUGGUCACGGAGCGCGUGGUGUGGGGCGCGCGGCCCCGCAGCGGCGGCGGCGGCGGGGGCGGCGGGGGCGUGACUGUGUCGCUGUGCUCAGGGCGCGCGGCGGUCCCCCGCUGGGUGUCGCGAGCCUCUGCGGCCGCGCUGGCCUUCCUGUGGGGCGCCGGCGCGCAGCAGCUGCUGGUCGACUCGGCCAAGCUGGUGGUCGGCCGCCUGCGGCCCCACUUCUUCACCGCCUGCCAGCCCGACGUCAACUGCUCUGUGCUGCAGCCGCCCUACACCUACAUCACCGACUACACCUGUCUCGGGACCGACCCGGACGUCAUCGAUGAGGCCAGGCUUUCCUUCCCGUCUGGCCAUUCUUCCCUGUCGUUCUACGCCGCAGUUUUUACGAUUAUCUACAUCGGACGCACGGGCGGCCCGUGGGCGGCGACGCUGCCGCGCCACCUCCUGCAGUUCGUGCUCUUCCUGGCGGCCUGGUGCUGCGCCCUCUCCAGGGUCUCCGACUACAUGCACCACUGGAGCGACGUCCUCGCCGGAUCCUCCAUAGGCACCGCCACCGCCAUCCUCACGAUGGUGUUCGUGCAGCCGCAGCGGCGGCGCGCUUCCGGAGGCCCGGCUGCGGGGGCGGCGGAGGCGUUGUCGGAGGGCAACGUGUACGGCAGCGUCGACGGCAGCGUGCCGCCCGCGUGACGUCACAGCCCGCAGCCUGCCGUUGGGGGCGGCGGGGGCGGCGCCCGCGGCCCCCGGCCUGCUGCCUCACAGGCGUCUCCAGACACCUGACCGACUGCUGCAGGGAGCCGUGGAGUAGCCGAUGCAUUGCCGUCAGAUGGUACCCCUCUUCCCAGCCGUCGGACUUUCCAUGUUCUGAAGAAACUCCCAACCUCACGUGUGGCUGCGUCGCAAUGUAAUGCCUAAACGUUCGGGCUGAACAAUAGUACAGUGCGUCUGUCGAAUCCUUUCUCUGAGCAGUGACGAUGCUGGUUUAUGUUGGCACAAAAGUAGUGCGGCGGUGGAGACAGGGCACUCUGCAGGUACAGAGCAGUCAAGGAAAGUGUGUGCUGGACGAGCUGCGUUAUAAUACUGCUAACAGCGAGUGAGCUUCGUCGCCCAGGUGAAGCUCAUUUGCUGGGUCCACAGAUGAACGGGCUCGAAUAAGCAGAAUAUUCUCUCCUACAACUCCUUUCUUUAGGCGGUUCUUAGGCUACGACUGAUUUCGAAACAUACCAUUUGACUUUGCGAUCAUUUGUUUACCAUAACCAAAGGCAAAUGUCGAACGCUCAAAAUAACUCAGCAGGAGCCACAUUCUGUUGGGUACCUCCAGAAACCAUCUACUUCCAUUAGAUAUACGACAACGUGAAUCUGCCCUGUGUUCAUAAUAUUCAGUUUUCCGAGGCACAGAUUGCAAUACACAUUUACACACAAAUUGGCAUGUGUUUGUAGCACUUGAUAAAUGUAAAAUUUCGUAGUCAAUAUGCUUAUCCUUUACAGAGAAGGAACGCAGACAGCCUAUGAAUAUGGACUUUCCAAACUGGUUACCUCGUGCCCAUUUUGGUUGAGUAUGAACAGUUGCACUGUUCAACGUAACUGACUACUUACCGCGUUCAAAACGUGUGUUAAGAAAUGAACCUCCUUUGUUCCUGGCACACAUUUCACUGGUUCGAAUUCUACUAUGCACUUGCUGAAAUAUCAAUGUAUUCAGGGUGCGGCGGAAACUACUUGUACAUUUUUCGACGGCUGAUAUAGAUUAUGACAACCAUCUUUCUUAGAUAAGACAGUGAGAGAGGGAAAUGAUAGCUUGCUCUCUGCCCCUUCCUCCCCCCCCCCCCCUCCACCCACCCAUCGACCGUCACCAUUCUAGCUGAUUGUGACUCUUUUGAGGCCAAAGAUUUAGCGUUAACAUAACAUUCCCUGAUUAUACCUGACUAUUUCUAAAUCUACUGAAAUGAAAGCUACGAGAUUUUGCACUGUCGUGACAGGUCAGGAAUAGAAGAAUUUUUUUGCAUGGCUCCACAUAAAGUAGUCCACCGAUUUACAGAUCUUGGCAGCCAACCGAUAGCUACCACUCCUUCGAUCCAUCUCGCAUCAUAUUAUGCCCCAAGUUGCAUUACGGUGCUCUGAUGUGUGCUGGAGCCCCAUCAUUGGAGGUGACUGUUGUGUUGGCAGAAGUGCCAACACCGUGUUACUAGAGGAGGCCGAAAUGCACGCGUUUUAGCUGACGCAGGCUGGCGUGAGGAGGGAAGGACUAUAUUGACUUGAGGUCUGGAACAUGACAAGCAAUUAGAAUUCAGAAAGCGGACGUAGCUAGUUUGACACUUAACUUUAACCCAAUUAUGAUGAACGGCGCUCUUGCGGUACAUGAUUCACAAUAUUAUCUGUUCAGAAGACAUCUAGUAACUGAAUAUGGCGCCUUGCUAGGUCGUAGCAAACGACAUAGCUGAAGGCUUUUCCAAAUUGUCGUCUCUGCAAAUGAGAGCGAAUGUAGCCAGUGAACCGUCGCUAGCAAAGUCGGCUGUCCAACUGGGGCGAGUGCUAGGGAGUCUCUCUAGACUAGACCUGCCGUGUGGCGGCGCUCGGUCUGCAAUCACCGAUAGCGGUGACACGCGGGUCCGACGUAUACUAUCGGACCGCGGCCGAUUUAAAGGCUGCCACCUAGCAAGUGUGGUGUCUGGCGGUGACACCACAGUGACCACCUCCAAGUCCUCCCCACUUCAAUAUCUAUAAGGUGAAAGUAACACUCAAGAGAGAAGUAACGAUGUAUUUUCUACCCAUACUUUCUUAUCUAAAGUAGACUGUUCUAAAGUAUGAACACUUCGGCUAUCAUUGUCAUUGCGCUACAUCAAUAUGUAUUAUUUACUUUAUAAUCGUAGAUCUAUCGCAAACUGUAUACUGAAAUAUUUUCAGUCACCAGCACCAAUGUCUUACUGAGCAACAGUUUUUCCAAUUUACCGUCGCUAAUGAAGACUCUUCGGAUGCCACGUACAGAAAAACUUUCUCGAAAUUACAUAAAUGUCGACGUUCCUAGUGGGCAGGUUAGGGUAGCGGGAACUCUAGUUCCUUAUUCGUGUGUUUAUGUAUUGGUAGUGGUGGGGCGUUUAUUGCGGAAGUUGACAAAUAUUAGUAAAAAGACUGACGUAAAUGUAAAACCAGAAAAGGUAUCAUAUAAAGACUUUUAAGUGUACUUAAGGUACCAUCUGUAUUCUGCACGCCAAAGAAGAAGAAUAUCAGCGUUUUCUUUCUUUAAAAAGUUUUUACGCAAACGAAGUCUAUCUAUCUUCAAUUCUUUCUUAAAUUACUACUGAAAAAUACAGACUCGAUAUAAUAAAAUGAAUAACUAUCGAAAUAUUAAACUAACGUAGAUAAUUUCAGAAACUGGUCUAUUAAUUUACAGUUCUCGUACUAUAAAACUCUUCAGCAUUUUGAUUUAUUGGUGUAUUUAUUUUUGCACUCGCCUUGGCAUACAGAAGCAGGUUCCACAAUAUUUGUAGAGUAAGAGGAAUUGAGAGUUUUUUUCUGUUACCCAUUCCACCUCCAUAACUAUUAGGCGUAUGGAGGAAUCGUUAACAUAGUUUCAGUAUUUCGAUGUAACGGUAAAACGAUGCUGUAAUUAACUUAUGCAAACAGUUUUUCCCUGUUCGUUCUGAAGCUUUAAAUAAAGCACUGGUCCCUUCCGUCCUCUUCCCUUCCUCUUUCACACCCGUCUGCUAAUUUUAAGCGAUCUUACAUGUAUAGGAUUAUUGCUACGUGGCAAUAUAAAGAAUUUUAAAAUCUUUCACGAAAGCAGUGGAUGAAAAGGUUGCGCUCUAUAGUUAUCCCGAGGUAAGUCAGGAUGCAAUUUAUGAUGACGUGAAUGAACUGUGUAGAUUCAUCUAAUUCUGACCCCCAACUUUCACUCCCGUGCGCAAAACAGUAAGUCGUAUUAGAGACGCUCCCAGAAAAGUAUCAACGUACAAGCAUAGAAUAAAAAUCUUUUCACACUUGAGUCUUUCAUUUUCACUUUGUCCUUCCAGAAACUGCUAGUUCCCAAAGUUUCAGUCUUAAGGCCUUUCAAUAGACCACUGAGCCACACAAAACUAUUUUUAGCUUCUGUCUGUACCAUUUCUUAUUCACGCUAGAAGAAAUCGUUUAUACCUCAAGAAAAAACUGCUUAACAGCUGCUGCAAAAUCUGCGUAGUUUUCAUGCCUUCCCGGAAGCUAACAGCCUCGUCACAGAAAACCUAAAUAUUCUUUGUCAAGAAGCAUCACUACCUACAUUUACGUAUGACAUAUUAGGAAUUUAGAAACAUCUUCAACCAUAUCUGUUUCUUUAGUCGUGAUAUAUUUUGCCUCGAAAGUAAAAAUGCGUCAGCUUACGGUCUGUAAAUGGCAACGUGAUAUGUCUUCCAUUAACCGGUAACAGCAGUUAUUUCCAGUCUUACUUUCCAAAUACAUCUCGCCUGUGCUUAUCAUAGAAUAAUACAUUAAAAUAUGUAUACUACGUCAGACAUUUCUCAGAUUUUUUUUUUUAAGAAACACUGCUUCUCAAAGAUCCUUAAGCACAGAACAAUAGAAAAGGUUUUGCAAACUUGUUAUUUAUCAUUACGAUUAAAAGUAAGAAAAAAUUAAACAUGUAACUCAGUCUCUCACGAAUGUAACCAGCCAACUCUAAAAUUUGAAAUUUUAGUAGUGCUAUAGUAUCCAGAAAAUUCGUUAGUUUCAGCAUCCAGAAUGACUAACUUUUAUAUAAUUAUUAAAUAGGUAACGAGAAACAAUGUAAUUGUAUCAAUUCUCUAUCUUACACUUCAACAGACGAAGUACUCAAUCUAUUUUAACGUAAUUUGUAACUGUUCUUAGUAUCUAGUUCGAAGAAGUCACUGUUCUGAUUGUGUUUUUACCGUAGUUUGGAGUAAAAAGUAAUUUUACAAUUGAUGUACGUCAUAAAUUAAAUAUUAACAAAUACACAAGAGCCUUCAACGAUAAUCUUACUGAUUAGUGUCACAAAUUCGUGAUAACCAGCAGCAAUGUACAACACGCAAUCCAUUCACAGUGUAGAAUUAAAAGCUCAAGACAUUUCUGCGGAACUGUUGACUUUACUGACUUAGAUCUCAGUGUCACCAAAGACAGGAAACCGGAAACAGGUAAGAUUUUCUUGCUUAAGUGUAGGUGUUAUUCCGUGUUCGGUAUCAGAUCAAGAAUUUUUUGUUGUAAUCGAUGUAAAUAUAACAUUAUUAGUAAAAGUCCUUGUACGUGUUGUUAUUAUCUGGAAGCCGGCAGACACAGAACCAUAAAAUGAACAGAGGAACGUCAUUCUGUCAUGAAACAUGCGUUGUCCUUGAACAAGUCCAAAAAGCGUGUGUCAACAUAGCAAUGUCUAGCAAGAGUCUCUCAGAAGCGAAGUUUUCCAGUGAAAAAUCUGAUUAUAAAAAAGUCGUCUGGAAGAGACACCUUUGUAAUGUUGCCUAAGUGACUCUAGUUACAGCAGUUGGAUAAGUGGUGCGUCCCAUAGUACGUAACAAUGUAUAUCUCUUGCGCAGUUAAUAAAUAUUACCUUUUCUGUAAGCUGUUAUCAUUUCAGUUUCAAUCGGCUGACUUGUGAAAGUUCCAAUUACUAGCUGUUUGUGCGUUUGUGAUGUGAUAGGAGACUUCAUUUCAUCUCUUUUUUUGUAAAUUAUAUUGCAAGGAGCACUGUCAAUUACAAUUAUUGUUAUGUAAUAAUGAUAUAAGAGGGUUGAGUUUCUUUCUUAACUUCUAAAACAAUUAGAUAAUUUACAAGUACAUGAAUAUAAUUCUCUGGCACAGGACUUUAGUUACGGGCUGAAAGCAUUAUGAUGUAUAUACAGAUUGUUUGAUAGUGUCAGUGAGAAAAAUUAAGAUGAGUUUUAAAUAAAAAAAACGUGGUUCCCCUUUUUUUCCUGAACUUAUAAA